AUGUAAAUUCCAUAAGGUUAACCAGAAUAUAGACCUAGUAAAUUAACUAGAUAUUCUAACUAAACAUUUUAUUCAAUGGAAAAUUGUGAUGUUUUCAUUAAUUAAAAUGAAAAUAUGGAUUUGAUGAUGUAAUGAGAUUAUUACCUUAAGGGAUUAAAUGCCUAUAUUAUAAUAAGUGUUUGAUGUACGAUAUACAUAACAUAAAGAAAACUAAUUAUAGAAAUUUUACAAUAUGCCAAAUGAAGAAAGGAUGUUUUAUAUGAUUGAUAAGGAUUCAGGCAGAAUUUUUGACAUGCGAAUUCCAGAAGUAUCAAAUUUUCUAUUUAUUAAGUAAGCUAAAGAAAUACAAGAAAUAAUGAAUGGUAAUACAGUUAAUUUUACCAAGGAUCAAGCAUGGAAUGAUUUUAUGUACUAAAAUAAUACUAUAUAGAUUGUUAACUAAAAAAAUGAAUGAACAUCUUUUAGACUAUGCAGAAUUAGGUGAUGCAUAAUCAAUAGAGACAUUAUUAAUACCUACAAUUGAAUAUUAUCUUGAUGUUGAUACAAAGUAUUCUAAAUUCAUAAAUAAUAUUAAGAGGUCUUGAUGAUUGGACAGCUUUGCAUUUUGCAUCAAAUGAAGGUAAUUUAGAAAUAGUGAAUAUUUUAAUAAAACAUGGAGCAACAGUUGAUGCAUUAACUAAAUUUUAAAGAACCCCAUUCUUUUUGACUGUAAUGUAGAAUUACAUAGAUUGUGCAAAUGUUUUGUUAUAACAUAACGCCAAUAUCAAUAUAUAAGAUAAGGAUGGCAAUACUCCAUUACAUAUAGCAUCUUAAAUGGGAUCAACUGAUAUGAUAGCAUUUCUAUUAGAAAAGAAGGCUGAUCCUAAUAUAAGAAAUUUUUAUAAUUAGAAUUGUAUCCAAAUUUGCUGUGAUGCAAAUAGUUUAUAAAUUUAUAUAAAAUAUGGAUAUGUUCAUAAUGAAGAAGUAAUUAUAUUUGAUAUUAUAAUAAGAGUUAUGAAAGAACUAUAAUACCUGGUACUAAUUUUUUAUUAAGGAAUAGUAGAUAUGAUCAUGUAAUGAAAUUAAUGACAAAGGAGAAAUAGAAUGAAGGAUAAUCUACUACAAAUAGUUUUAAUUAAGUUACUAAUACAAAUAAUACUAAUAAGAAAAUUUGGAAAUUUUAAAAUCUAGCUAAAUUUUAAAAUGUUAAUCUUUUAAAAUAUAAAAUGACACCAAAUAUGUUUAAUUUUUAUUAAUUAUUGGGAAAAGGAUCUUUUGGAGAAGUAUAUUUAGUAGAUAAAAUUGGAUCAGAAAAUAAGAAAUUAUUUGCUAUGAAAAUAUUAAAAAAAGAAAGAAUGAUGUCAUAAAAUUUAUUAAAAUAUGCAGAGACAGAAAAAGAAGUAUUAAGUGUAAUGCAUCAUCCAUUUAUAGUUAAAUUGAAUUAUGCAUUUUAAACAGAAUCUAAAUUAUUUUUAGUAAUGGAUUUUUGUCCUGGAGGUGAUCUUUCUAAAUUAUUAGAUAUAAAAAGAAAAUUACCAGAAGAAGAUGCUAAAAUAUAUGUAGCAGAAAUAUUAUUAGCUAUUGAAUGUUUACAUAAAAAUAAUAUUAUAUUUAGAGAUUUAAAACCAGAAAAUGUAGUAUUAGAUUCAGAAGGUCAUGCUUUAUUAACAGAUUUUGGAUUAUCUAAAAAAGGAGUAACAGAUGAAGAAUUAAAUAAAUCAUUUUGUGGUUCACCUGCAUAUUUACCACCUGAAAUAUUAUCUAAAUAAGGACAUAAUAGAAUGGCAGAUUGGUAUGGUUUAGGUGUAAUGACAUAUGAAUUAUUGGUUGGUAUUCCUCCAUAUUAUGCUAAUGAACGUGAAUAAUUAUUUGAUAAUAUUAGAAAAGGACCAUUAAAAAUACCAAGAAGUUUAUCUAAUGAAGCAAAAUCAUUUAUAGUAGCUGUAAAUUAUUAUUAUUAUUAUUAUUAUUUAAGUUAUUAAAUAGAGAUCCAAAUAAAAGAUUAGGAUCUAAUUUAGAUGGAGAAGAAGUUCGUGAACAUUCUUGGUUAUCAAAUAUUAAUUGGAAAGAUUGUUAUGAUAGAAAAUUAAAACCA